CAGAUUUGUGUGUGUGAAAACACGUGAAUGAGAAAAUGUGUAGAAUGAUGAGUGACAUUACACGUAUUGUUUAUAUAAGUUGUGGAAAGCACAAGAUAGGAUGUGUUUCAGAGUUUACUUCCUGCUUUAAAAUCAUUUGCAAAGUUCAGACAUUUGACAAACUCAAGAGAUUGGUGUUGCUGUUGUUAUUGUGUUAGACCGAAAGUUGUUUGUUUUUCUCCUUGGUGAAACUGCUUCCAGUUCAUAUAAAUGAAAGAAACGAGUUUAAUACACAUGAAGAAAGAAUAAAAGGAAAGAAAAACAAAAAAACAACAAAGAGGAAAACCUUAAAAGAUAAAAAAGAAAAAAAAAACAAAAGUAAACAUUGUUAUAUUUGGAGGUGAAUGCAGUUUGGUUAUGGAAUCCUCUCCAGAAAAAGAAUAUUUGUGCACAUUGACCCCUGAACUUAUAAAGAAGGCUGAGAAGGAGUUAAACGAGAAACCUCAAUGGCGGGAAAGAGAUAUACAAGCUCUCAGAGAUAUGGUAAACAAGCAGCAAGAUCUCCUUGCCCGAACAGAUGACGCAUUUCUGCUCAGAUUUCUCCGUGCCAGAAAAUUUGACUAUGAUCGAGCAUUUAGCCUACUUUUGAAUUUCUACCAAAUGAAGGCUGAGAAUAAAGACUUGUUUGUUGACCUGAAACCAUCGACAAUACAGCAUGUCCUGAGGUCAGGCCUGAUUGUACCUCUGGAGCACAGAGAUCGUGAAGGACGUAAAGUGAUUGUUCUCAAACCAGGCAGAUGGAACCCAGAGAUAGUUCCACUUUUUGAUAUGUACAAAACUUGGUUUGUCAUCCUUUCAAAAUUGAUUGAAGAUGAAGAAACCCAAGUGAAUGGUAUCAUAACAAUAAUGGACCUAAAGGAUGUGGGUUGGGUCCAAGUGAGAGCCCUGAGUCCAUUUUAUGCCAAGAAAGUCACUUCAAUGAUACAAGAGUGCUUCCCACUUCGUCUGAAGGGCAUACAUUAUAUCCAUGAACCAAGCAUGUUUGAUAUUUUGUUCUCCAUUAUUCGCCCUUUUCUCAAGGAGAAGAUCGUCAAAAGGUUACAUUUCCAUGGACAGAAUGUCAGUGCUCUGCAUGAAUUUGUGUCUCCAGAAAAUCUGCCACAGGAGUAUAACGGUGUUCUCAAUGAGAUAGAUAUUGAGGCUUGGACUGAGAGUUUACUGAAGUACGAUGCUCAGUUUGAAGAAGAAUUUAAAUAUGGUUUCAAAGAACUGCAGCAAGCUAACAAAUUGGUUAUCAAAGAAGAUGCCACUGGCGAGUGCUUGAUGGGGACAUACCGCAAGCUUGAAGUUGAUUAACUCCUCUCUCUCUCUCUCUCUCUCUCUCUCUCUCUCUCUCUCUCAAUCUUGCAUGAUGCUGAUGAGGACAAUGGUGGCAGUGGCGGUGAUGAUGUAGACUGAUUUAUGUCCACAAUCUCUUGAAUAGAAAAUGAGGAGACGGUGUGGUCAGUGGGAGGGUGGGGGGAAAAACAAGAAUGUUCUUAGAGGAGGGAGGAAGGGAGGAAGUUGUUAUAUUAUCUCUAUUGUUGUUUUUUAUUUUCAUUGUUUAUAUUUUUUCUUUUAUUUUUGUAUUGUUUUCUGGUGCUGGUAAUUUACUUGAAUUUUUUUGUCCCUAUAUUUUUUAUUGUAAAUGGUAAAAAGAAAAACGCAUUUAACAAAAAAAAAAAAUUAAAAGUUUUCCUAAUUAAAUGGACUAAAUGGAGAUUUAAUGAAUUAACAGAAAAAUUAACAAAGUCAACUAAACUGAUUUUCAAACAAAAAUUUAUCAACUACAACAACAGGAAGAACAACAAUGGAUAAUAAGUAAUCAGAUGCAGAUAUUAUACAUACAGGAUAGACUUUUUAUUUUUCCUUUGACCAUGUUGUUGAUAUUCAUAAUCAGUGUCAUUACAUUUUGUGUGUGUGUAUGUGCAUAUAUCUAUGUACACACACACACACACACACACACACACACACACACACACACACACACACACACACACACACACACACACACACACACACACACACACACACACAUAUAUAUAUAGAAUGUACACACACAUGCACCUGUGUGUGUAUGUGUAUAUAUAUUGAUCACUUUUAGUGUUGCCAACUGAAAAUAAAAUAUUCCUUGCUGAGGAGGUUGAACAAGACUGAAACAUGUCUGUUGCCUCCACCAGUUGGCUUACAGAUCUGAUUCACCCUUACCCUUGCCAUACUGCAUUUUAUAUAUUUUCCAAGAAUUUCAACGAAGUGAUUUUACUA